CAGUGGGUGCGGCCAGCUAAAACUGAUUGUGUGGUGUGUGGAAAGUUGUUCUCUACUCGGAACGCAGGGAAGUUUGGCUUAUAAGUGAAGCCGUUUCCUUUGGAAAGGUUUGUACAGCUGUGAGAAAGUUAGAAAGACGUCAGUCGGAGAAAGACAGAGAUGAGUGACGUGUGGACGUGGUUGGCCGAGCUCGGCUGUGAGCAAUACGCCGCCAUCAUCGAGGGCGGCGGCUACACCACAGUGGAGAGUCUCGGGUCACUUGACGACGCCAGGCUCCAGUCUCUCGGUGUAUUUGAUGGCAACCAUCGCCGCAGCAUUCUGCACAAGGUGGCGGCCGGCUCUGAGGCAGAUUUGGACAGUGUUCUAACAGACCUCACAUCAGUCAUUGCUGACCUGGAGGCCUUUACAGUGCCCAGCAAGGUUUCCACUUUUACCAACACUUCAACCCCUCAAGGACAAAGGCACUCAAUGCUACAGCGUCAAGAUCCACGGCCUCCUCCGCCAGAUGAGGACUUUGACCUCGACUCCCUCCUCUCGGACCUGACGUCGUUUAACCCCUCUGAAACCGUGGCUGCCAGGAAUCCUCCGCCCCCUCCCCCUCGCCGAGAUUUCCCACAGGCGUCUCCCUCCCACUCCUCACACUCCUCCCACUCCACCCCAGUCCACAACCACUCUACCCCGACUCCCCCGAGUACUCCAGGGCACGACCCGGUGGUAGUGAAGGUACCGCAGCCAGAGCUGGCCGGUGCCACAGACCAGAUAUCUCAGGAGGAGACCAGUCGCAGACUCCACAGCAAGGCCCAGGAGCUGCUCUCUGACCAGACACUCACUGAGGAAGAGAGAGAGGAGAGGAUGAAAGAGGAAAAGAUGAAGAUUGGAAUCGAGAAGAUGAAACUGGCUCACAAGAAGAAGGUUGCUAUCAAGGUCUUCAACGUGGACCGCAGUAACAAAACAGUGGUGGUGGAAGAAGGCAUGACGGCCUCCAUGGUGUGCCAUCUUUUGGUUGUCAAAAACCAUUUUGACGAGUCACCCAACUGGGUCCUACUGGAGCAGCUCGGCGACGUCAGCCUCGAAUACUUCCCCCAGCACCUGAAGACGUCCGUUGCUGCCAUUGCCAAGGUGACAACUCUGGAGAGGGCGGAAAAGGCGAGGAAGAUCUUGCUGCAGGAGUAUUUCUCCUCCACCUCUCGUGUCCCAGAGCUUGAGGGCUGGCUCAACCUCAAGGACGGCUACAAGAAGAGCUGGAAGAAGGUUUUCUUCAUUCUCAGGGCAUCUGGUCUCUACUACUCCACCAAGGGGAAGCAGAAGGGUGCCAAAUUCCUGCAGCUACUGGUCCAGUUUGAAGACUACGAACUCUACCAUGGGAUCAACUUCAAGAAGGUCGUGAAGGCCCCCACGGAAUUCUGCUUUUCUCUGAGACCCCUUCCUCGCCAGUUUGUGCCUGGGCCUAAGGACAUCAAGGUGUUGUGUUCUGAUGAUGAGGCCACAGCUCUCUCCUGGACUGCCGGCAUUCGCCUCGCCAAGUACGGGCUCCAGCUGCGGGACAACUUCCACAAGGCCAAACUGACACAGUUCAAGCUGGAGGAUCUCGGAGCUCCUGAAGGCAGCAAGCCAAAGGCUGACGACCGAGUCUCGAAGCUGGUUGGAUUUCGUCUGGAGAGGCACAUGGACAAGAUCAGGGAGCAGUACAAUACCCACCGCGAGGAGGAGGAGAUCAAGAAGCAGCUCUACCAUUCCCCUUACUUCAGCUCGCAGUCGGAGGGAGAGGAUGUGGAUGAUAACCACUCCACCAGCAACACCCCACCCUCCACCAAUACUCCGGAGCGUACCCCGGAGCCCCCGGCGCCACGGAGCCAGCCUCCCCCUGUGGCUCCUCGUCCUGGCACGUCUCCCAAGCCUACCCCGGCUCCCAGGCCUCCAAAGAGGAGCGACGUGCAGGUGACUCCGCAGAGCUCUGGCCUUCCUCAGCCUCCAGCUCCCUACAGACCCCCACAGCCACCUGCUCCUUACUCUCCUCCUCAGCCACCAGCUCCCUACAAUCCCUACCCAGCUCCCAACCAGCCUGCCCCUCCACCCAGAGGAAGUCCCAGUCACAGUGCCUAUGUUGGUCAGAGCUACCAUCAGACACCUCCGCCAACUCAGCCACGGCCCAACAGGUCCGCGUCACCUGACCAGUCUGAGAUGUUUGAGUUUCCAUGGUAUCAUGGAGCCAUUCCUCGCGAUGAAGCCAUCCGCCGCCUGGAAUCAAUGGGAGGCUUCGAUGGGUCCUUCCUUGUUAGGGACAGCACCACCGUCCCCAACUCAUUUGUCCUCACCAUGUUUUCAAAGGGAGUGAGCAAGAACUUCCAGAUCAUGCUGAUGGAAAAUCCAGGUGGUACUGCCAUGUACCGCAUUGAUGACGGCCCAACUUUCCCCCGAAUUGACCAGCUCCUGCGUCACUACGCCACUAACCCAGACCGUCUGCCUUGCCGGCUCACAGACUACUGUCCCCGGCCCCCCACUCGCAUGACUGAGUGCUGAAACUGUAGUUGACACACAUGCAUAUCACACAGGCGUACGCCAGUUGAUGUUACUGUUCAAUCUUCCCCAAUACAACAGUGAUUGUGUGUUUUACUGUUUGUGUGUUUGUGUGUGCUGCAGUUAGGUCGUAGGCUUGUGUACAGUAUCAUGAUGGAAUUGUAUUCUGUUCUCAGAAUUAUAACAGCUGACAACACUUGCACUGGCCGAAUUAUAAAUUAAGAAUUUUUUAGGCCCUCAUUAAUUUUUCGUAAGAGUAGGACUACGGCAGCUAUUAAAUAUUGCCCAUAUGCAUGUUGGGAGGGCCGAAAGAAAGUUGUGAUUUUU